AUGACGAGCGAGAAGACGACGGGAAGUACGGCGACGACCGCGCAAAGGCUGAGCCGACCGCCCAAGCCCGAUAGGGAUGAAUUCGAACGCAAGAUCGCAGCCCUGAAGGAGAUCACCGAGGCGAAGCAGCGCCGGAUCGAGGAGAUCAAAUCCAUCGUGAACGCGAAGAAGGGCGACCGACAGAGACAUAACGAUGCGAACGCGCCGUUAAUUGAAAAGUUUAAAGCCCUGAACGCGAUCGCGAACGAGAAGAUCGCGCAGAGGAACACGAUGCGGGAGGCGAUGAACGCGUCGACGGAGGCGAGGGACAAGGCUCGAGAGGAGGCGAACGCGCAGAGAAACGGGUCCAAGUUUCUGACGAACGAGGCGAUCGACGCCGAGAUCACUCGCGUGGAGAAUAAACUCGCGCAUGAGACGAUGCCGCUCUCCGAGGAGAAGAGACUGAUCGACGUGAUCAAGGGCUUAAACAAGAGUAGGGACGGCGUGAAGUCGUACGCCGAGAAGCAAGCAGUCGCCGCCGCCCACGAGGUCGCGAGAAAAUCGCAAAUGGACAAGAUCAAGGCUAAAGAUGCGGAAAUCAAUAGCAUCAAGGCGGAACAGUCGAAGAUUCGCGCCACGCUGGAUGGAGAUAAGAGUAAGAUUGAUGAAAAGAACGCCGACGUGCCAUCGCUCACGGAGGAAAAGAACGCGGUGUACCAGGAGAUCAAAAAGGUCCGAGAGGACAUUAAUAAACUCUACGCCGAGCAAAAGAUCAUUGAGGACGCUUACUGGGUUCGCGAGAAGGCGUUCCGCGCGCAACAGAAAGAACUUAAGAAGGAGCAGUGGGAAGCGCAACAAGAGGAACGCAAGGCUCGAGAGGCGGCUCGAAAGCAGUGGGAAAAGGACAACGCUCCUGAGCCCUUCGAAGAAGAAGUCUCGGCGUGUGAUACCCUGAUCGGUUACUUGUCCAAGUGGGACAUGAGCGCGAGUAAGGAGAACGACGCGCCCGCAGGGACGACGGGCGAAGGAGUCACCAAGGCGCUGGAGAGCAUGACGCUCCUCAAGCGCGAUGACGAUGAUGACGACAUGUUCGCCGUGAGCGACACGUACAAGAAGAAGGGCAAGAAGAACGGUAACGCGAAGGGACCGAAGAAUGAACUCAUUCAGCACUCCCUCGAUACCUUGGCUUUCUUCUCCAAGAUCAAAGUCGCCGUCGUGGCCAAGGCUUCCGAAGUUCCUAGCGCAAUCGUCGCCAUCCAGGCGAAAAAGGAAGAAUUCUUGGAGAAGCGAAGGAUCAAGAAGGAGAAGAUCGCGGCCGGCGAAGACAGCGAAGAAGAGGGAGGAGUAGACGCGGAAGAAGCGGAGGCGAAGGACGAGAAGUCUUCUUCGAAGAAGCACGGCAAGAAGAACGGCAAAAGGAAGGGAGGUAGCUCGCACAAGCAACUGCUCACCGUCAGCCUCAUUGUCGGUGAAGAUGAGUGUGUCACCGUGACUGUGACGGUCAACGAACGGACCAAGAAGUAA